GAUGGCAAAAAGUUUCAUAUAAUUAAGAUUAACGUUUAGUUUGAGUCACAAGGGAAACUAUAAUUCUUGCGAUAAUCACUUGGAAAAAAUAAAACAGAAGAACUUUGUGUAAGCACUUUAUAUUUGAAGCUUCAACUCGACAUCUCUGGUGUGAAGGAUUAGAAAUACAACCUUGCGCAAUUUUUCCUACUUUUUUAAAAAGGACUAAUCAAAUUCGUCAGAAGGAGCAUAGGUUAAUUUGGGCUCCACGUGCCAGAUUUUUGUAGCUUUGUUUUGCCUUAAACGAGAUGCGCUAAAUUUUUGGGUGUUCACCUUCCACCCCAAGAUUUCGCUAAAUAUUUUAGUGGGAAAAAUUUGAAGCGUUGAUGGAGGAUGUGUGGUUAAUCUUUCCAUAUCAUCUCCUUUUACUUUAUUUUGCUCAAAACAGGUUUUCUCGUGUUCUCUCAAUUCAAAAGGUUCAAUUUUUAAUUCAAAAUCGUGAUACAAAGUUGUGGGGCUGCUGUAAUCUUUUGGUUUCUUAAUGGGGUUCUUCUGUUCUUGAAUCAACAAACCUCCCUCGGGUGCUAAUUUUUAAGGUUUGCUAGUAGACUCAUGCUGUUGGUUUUUCGAUUUCAGCUUACUGCAAGAUGCUGAAAUAUUUCCAAUUGUAUGUCAAAUUUCGGUUCUUGCUUUGAAAUGAGGGGUAGGGUUUGGAAAAAUAUGCAAGUGAUGAUGAUAAAUCUAGUAGUUCGGGAGAAAAUUCUUAGGCAUAAUGUAUGUGGUGAGAUGAAUAAGAGUUGGUAUGUUAGCUAUGUUGCACCACUUGUGAGAUUAUACGGGGUAUUAUGUUGUUGUUGUAUUUUGAAGGAAUCCGUACUCAUUCUUACAGUUUUGACAUCUGUAUGCAGAAGCAAAUUAAAUUUUCCCUGUGACAUGGGAUGACAGCAUAUAAGAUGGAAGAGAAGAAGGUCAAUGCAAGUUAAUCACCAUCUAGCUGGUUACCCUAACCAGGGUCCAGUGGUUCUUAUGCAGCAUGCUCCACAAGUGAUGUCCUUUGGUGUAAGAAACAUGGAAGGCAUCCCCCAAGAAAUGCAGUUGCUUGAUUCUGUCAGCCUCAAUAGAGUUGAGUUGCCUGAAGCGUAUCAUGAGGGUUUGAAUGAUUUUAGAGAAGUCUCUGGACAUACUGGAGUGAAGCAGCCAGUGUAUCAUCGUAUGAAAUGGUCAUAUGACAUGGUUAAACUUUUGAUUACUGCUCUUUCUUACAUCGGAGAAGAUGCUUUGUCCAAUGGAUUUUUUGUCAAGAAGGGUAAAUGGAGGACCAUUUCCUGUGUUAUGGCUGAAAGAGGUUAUUGUGUGUCACCUCAGCAAUGUGAGGAUAAGUUUAAUGAUCUGAACAAAAAAUUCAGGAGACUGAAUGAAGUACUUGGGAGAGGUACUGCAUGUAAUGUUGUGGAGAACCCUGUGCUUCUGGAAAGGAUGGACCUAUCUUACGAUUUGAAAGAGGAAAUGAGCAAGAUUAUAGGUAGCAGACAGUUGUUCUAUGAAGAAAUGUGCUCAUACAACAAUCGGAAUAGAUUAUUCCUUCCCCAUGAUCCGGAGGUUCAGCAAUCUGUGUUUUGGGCUCUGAGAGGUAAAUACAAGUAUGAAACUGGAAGCAUGUCGCAGGAUUUGCCUUUGAAGAGGAAGAUAGGAGGAGAAGAAAGAGUUUCUAAUAUGGCCUGUGCAUCUCUGGACUAUACCACUAGAGCAGAUCUGAAUUUGGUGCAGGAUAUGCCUGCAAAAAGGAAAGUAGGAGGCGAAGAAAGAAAUCUGUAUAUGGGCCGUUCAUCUCUGAAUGGUACCACUACAUUAGAUCCAGAUCCAAAUGUGCUUUAUCCUAUUAGCAAUGGGAUUCACUUUUCUAUGAACAAUAAGGAGAAAGAAAUACAGGAUGAGCAAAUUCUUCCUCGGUUACUACAAUUGGAAGAACAAAAGCUACAGAUUCAGGCUCAAAUUCUAGAAUUGGAGAAGCAGAGGUUCGACUUCAUGAAUUCCUGCAGUAAAGAAGACAGGAAGCUACAAAAGAUGCAGCUGGAGAAUGAUUUUAUCAAGCUUGAGAAUAAGCAACUGAUGCUUGAACUCAAGCGUGGUGGAAAGCAGCGUUUUAACUGAAUCAUGUAGCAGUGUUGCAGUUUAUGUGGUCUGUACUUUUCUGUCUUUAAACUUUCAAUGUUUAUUUUCUCUUCUUGUUCGUGUUUUCUAUCUUUUGGUGUAGUAUGUGCAAACUUUUAACCUCGUCUUGUUCGGCCUUAUGACUGUACCAUUACUCUGUUGGCACUAAUUGAGGCUACUUUAUUUAUGAUGUGUUUGAUA